UUGUUCAUUUUUAACCAAAAACAAAAUUUGAUACUGCAGCUUUAAAUAGCCAAUAGCAUGUAUCCUGGGUUAAGCCGUACUUGACAGUUGUUACCAUGGAUUUUUAUAAUGUUGGGGUGGGACACUUCAGAUUUUAGAGAGCAUUUGUUUCAACGCUACAAAUCGAUAGCUUAUAGAUAACCUUAAGGCUAACAUAUUCAUACUAAAAACCCACAAAACUUUCAUUUUGAUUUCAUGGGGACUUUAACAUACCUGUUUUAGUGUUGUGCUCUGAAUGGUCUACUAUGUAACUGUCUUAUGCUGCGUUCAAGGUGAGGGUUUUUUAAUUUUCACAAACUUUCUCAGAAAGUGCUGGAAAGUAGGUGGAAUCACUCUUUAUGUCUCCAUUCUCUGUCUGGAAACAUUAAUCGUUGCAAAGCCAGGCUGUUACAUGCUCAGUCACAUAUGGAUUUUGCAAGGUAAUGCAUGCCCGCUGUGGUGCUUUAGUUCUCCCUUACAGUACAGGAACACCACAGGCGGUUUGGAAGGAAUCCUACAGAUGUUUAAAUUUUUUUUUUUUUUAAGGCUUUUAACAUAGUGGAAUGAUGAGCAAUGCUAGUUGUUUUUUUUUUUUUUUUUUUCAUUUUCAUCACGGCAUCUUGCAGUUAGAUGCGCCCCCAAUAUUUUGAGUAUAUGGUACACAAAGUUACGAUGAACUUUUUAAGACUGCCGUGUAAUGCUUUAACUAUUUUUAACUUGCGCGCGCGCGUGUGUGUGUGUGUGUGUGUGUGUGUGUGUGUGUGUGUGUGAUGACUGCAGACCAACACCUUUGUCAUAUGCCUGUGUGUGUUGUGUUCAUGACCAUGAUGCAUUGCUCUAUUCUGUCUGUCUUGAACAAUGCAGCUGGACAAGAACACUGAAUGUGAGGAUUUAGUAAAGUGAUGAAGUGUUUUUGAGAUAAUGUGAUUUAUUCCCCGAGGCUUGGACUAAUAGACUGGACAUGCCACAUAUUAUAGUGUGGAAUUUCCUAUCUGGGCACUUUUUUGUCUGAAAACAAUCUUAAUUUCAAACCCAUUUCUCCUACUUUUAACAACAACAAUCUACUACUUUUACAGUUAUGACAAGAAUACACACUAGAUCUGCUCUACCCCAGAUAACAUUAUAGAAAUCUGGCGCAUUAUGUUAGACCUGUCGGGCUGUGACAUUUGGGAACGUGUACGUCGAUGCGUUUUUGUACCAUCUGCGCCAUUUCCUUUGGAUUUCUGCUGCAUCAUGUCCUACUCAUAUGGUUGUAUCUGAUUAUCCAGGGAAUGAAGGAGAGUGCAUGUGUAUACCGUGAUACUCCAGGUUUCAUGGAGUGUGUGAGUAUUAGACAGAAACUAGGCCAUAGGGGAAACGUGUGGAUAACUGAGGAGGAGAGGAAACAUCUUGUUGACAUGGUUACAGACUGAAAGGCUGGACUUGAAGAGCGUGCCAAUCAAAACGAGAGUAAGGUUGCAUGACGUGGACAGACUGAACGAAGCUGAAAGAGGGAGGAAGGACAGUAUGAGACAGGGGUGGGUGUGUGUGUGCGUGCAUGUGCGCGUGCAUGUGUGCAUGCGUGUGUGUGUUGGGGGAGGGGCGGGCUCAUUCGUCUCGUUUCCAAGCUGCUGUCCCCUCCCACUGGUGUGUGUUCCAAUGAGGAGGUUUUGUAAAAGGGAACCGAAUCCCUUGGCUGUCUUCUCACACACACACACACACACACACACACACACACACACACAUAUACUGCUAUGCAGUUUGUCUGUCCUGAGCACACGCUCAUGCAGGACACUUAGUAGGAGUUUGCUGCCUUUUCCCUCUUCACAUACAGAGCAAGAUCAAGAUGUCUGUGCAGAUUGCAGACAAUUUUAGGCCGGUUUGAUGAAGUGUUGAAUUCGGGAAACAUGGCUCUCAGCUUGAGUCAAGAUCGUAGCUUUGAUGACGAUGACUCGGUGGAUGGUAGCCAGCCCUCGUCAGCCCAGGCAGCUUUCAAAGUCCCCAAAGUGCCGAAGAAACCUGCAGAUUCAGCCAGCAGCUCUAGAAGACCCAGUGCUACUGGAGCCACCAAAAUGAGUGUGUCUAAAGAAGGAGCUGGAGCUGUAGAUGAGGAGGACUUUAUUAAAGCAUUCACAGAUGUCCCCACUGUUCAGAUCUACUCCACGCGUGAUCUGGAGGAUAAUCUGAACAAGAUCCGAGAGAUUCUCUCUGAUGAUAAACACGACUGGGAUCAGAGAACUAAUGCAUUGAAGAAGGUCCGAUCUCUGCUGGUUGCAGGGGCAAAAAACUAUGACUGUUUCUACCAGCACCUGCGCCUGCUGGACGGAGCGUUUAAGAUUUCAGCGAAAGACCUGCGAUCGCAGGUGGUGCGAGAGGCCUGCAUCACUGUGGCGCACUUGUCCACAGUGUUGGGGAAUAGGUUUGACCAUGGAGCAGAGGCCAUUGUUCCUGUGUUGUUUAAUCUUAUUCCCAACUGUGCAAAAGUAAUGGCGACUUCUGGCACAGCAGCAAUUCGCAUCAUUAUACGGCACACGCACGUGCCACGGCUGAUUCCUCUCAUCACAGGAAACUGCACAUCAAAAUCUGUGGCUGUAAGGAGACGCUGUUAUGUGUUCUUGGAUCUGCUGCUGCAGGAAUGGCAGACACACUCUCUGGAGAAGCAUACAGCAGUUUUGGUGGACAGCAUAAAGAAGGGAAUCAGAGAUGCUGACUCAGAGGCUCGUGUGGAGGCCAGAAAGGCCUACUGGGGGCUGCGGUCACAUUUCCCCAUGGAGGCGGAGUCUCUGUAUAACUCAUUAGAAUCGUCCUAUCAAAAGACCCUUCAGUCGUGUCUAAAGAGCUCGGGCAGCGUGGCAUCGCUUCCACAGUCGGAUCGCUCCUCCUCCAGCUCGCAGGAAAGUCUCAAUCGGCCUUUGACUUCAAAAUGGUCAGCUGCUCCAGGCAGAGUUCCAGCCAGCUCUAAGUCAUCAGGCUCACCAGGUUCCCUGCAGCGAUCUCGGAGCGAUGUGGAUGUAAACGCAGCUGCCAGCGCGAAGGCCAGACACAGUGGACAGGCAGGAGGAGCCGGCCGCCUCACUACAGCUUUACCCCCAGGCACCUAUGCCUCACUAGGCCGACUACGUACUAAGCAGCCGUUGUCAACUCCAUCAGGAAUUAGCAGCAGUCAGGUGGACUCGAGGGCCCGGAGCCGAACAAAGAUGGUAUCUCAGUCACAGCCGGGUUCUCGGUCUGGCUCGCCGGGCCGUGUGUUGGCCAGCACAGCUUUGAGCACACUGAGUACAGGCGCCCAGCGGGUGAGUGCUGCUCCAGGCUCCCAGCGGCGCAGCAGAAUCCCACGCAGUCAGGGCUGCAGCCGAGAUUCAAGCCCCACCCGCCUGUCCGUGGCGCCAUCGAACGUCAGCCACAUCUACAACGGAGCAAAAGGAGCGCGGGGUAGUCGUAUACCGCGGCCUAGUGUGAGUCAGGGCUGCAGUCGUGAGGCCAGUCGAGAGAGCAGCAGAGACACCAGCCCUGUGCGCUCCUUCACGCCGCUUGCUUCACGACACUACUCUCGCUCUACUGGUACUCUUCAUGCCUCUGAUGCCUUUGGGGCAGCAGGUUCAGGUUUGGGAAUCUCUCAGUCGAGUCGUCUCUCUUCCUCUGUCAGUGCCAUGAGAGUGUUGAAUACAGGGUCAGACGUAGAGGAGGCCCUCGCUGAUGCACUGCAGAAGAAACCGGCUCGGCGGCGGUACGAAACCUACGGCAUGUAUUCUGAUGACGAUGCCAACAGCGACGCGUCGAGUGCUUGCUCGGAGCGUUCGUAUAGCUCGCGCAACGGCAGUAUCCCCACGUACAUGCGUCAGGCUGAGGACGUGGCUGAAGUGCUUAACCGCUGUGCCUCGGCCAACUGGUCUGAGAGGAAAGAAGGGCUGAUGGGAUUACAGGCUCUGUUGAAGAACCAGCGUGCUCUCAGCCGGGUCGAGCUCAAGAGGUUGUGUGAGAUUUUUACCCGGAUGUUUGCAGACCCACACAGCAAGCGUGAGUCCAGAGGCUUCGGCACGGCAGAAUCCGGUAUCAGUUCCGCCUCCUUUAAGGUGUUUAGCAUGUUCCUGGAGACACUGGUGGACUUCAUAAUGGUUCAUAAGGCAGAUCUUCAGGACUGGCUGUUCGUGCUGCUUACGCAGCUACUGAAAAAGAUGGGUGCUGACCUCCUCGGCUCUGUGCAGGCCAAAGUGCAGAAAGCCCUCGACGUCACAAGGGAGUCUUUUCCUAAUGAUCUGCAGUUCACAAUUCUCAUGAGAUUCACCGUAGACCAGACGCAGACACCCAACUUAAAGGUGAAGGUGGCCAUUUUGAAGUACAUAGAGACCCUGACGCUGCAAAUGGAGCCGCAGGACUUUGUGAACUCCAGCGAGACCAGACUUGCAGUCUCCCGCAUCAUCACGUGGACCACAGAACCCAAGAGCUCCGAUGUCAGGAAGGCAGCCCAGUCUGUGCUGAUUGCGCUGUUCCAGUUGAAUACACCGGAAUUCACCAUGCUUCUUGGUGCACUACCUAAAACUUUCCAAGAUGGGGCUACCAAACUCCUUCAGAACCACCUACGCAACACUGGCGGUGUAGCACCAGCCCCAGUGGGUAGCCCCCUGACACGACACACACCGAGGUCACCAGCCAACUGGUCUAGUCCUCUAACAUCCCCGACCAACACGUCACAGAACACGCCUUCCCCUAGUGCAUUUGAUUAUGACACGGAGAAUAUGAACUCGGAGGAGAUCUACAGCUCUCUCCGUGGCGUUACCCAAGCCAUCCAGAACUUCAGUGUGCGGAGCCAAGAGGACAUGAGUGAACCUCCUCGCAAAAGGGAGGGAGACGGAGAAGAGGGUGGUGCUGACACUACGGACACGGGUCGCACAGCACUGGACAACAAAACGUCUCUGCUGAACACCAUGCCCCUCCUCUCCUCUAGUCCCCGCCCCAGCAAGGAGUAUCAGCCAGGUAGUUACUCAGAUUCUUCCUUCGGCUCCUCCCCCUUUAGUAAGAGCCUGAAAGAUGCACUGGACCAAGACGGCGAGAGCCUUACGGAUGAUAGCAGUGUGGACCAGUCCGAGGUGGUGGCGGAGCUGUUAAAGGAGCUGUCCAAUCACAGCGAGCGGGUGGAGGAGAGGAAGGCAGCGCUCUGUGAACUCAUGCGUCUGAUCAGGGAAACGCAGUUGCAUGUCUGGGACGAACAUUUUAAAACUAUUCUCCUGCUGCUGCUGGAAACCCUGGGGGAUGGAGAGCAUGUGAUUCGUGCACUGGCACUGCGGGUGCUGAAGGAGAUUUUGAACAGGCAGCCCUGGCGCUUUAAGAACUAUGCAGAGCUCACCAUUAUGAAGACCUUGGAAGCACACAAAGACCCACACAAAGAGGUGGUCCGGGCAGCAGAAGAAGCAGCGGCCAUGCUGGCAAGUUCUAUCAGCCCGGAGCAGUGCAUUAAGGUGCUGUGUCCCAUCAUUCAGUCUGCAGACUAUCCCAUCAAUCUGGCUGCCAUCAAGAUGCUCACCAAAGUAAUUGAGCGACUGCCCAAGGAAGGUCUGCUCCAGAUGCUCCCGGAGAUUGUCCCUGGACUUAUUCAGGGUUAUGAUAACUCUGAGAGCAGUGUACGGAAAGCUUGCGUGUUCUGCCUUGUUGCCAUCUAUGCCAUCAUCGGGGAGGAUCUCAAACCUUACCUCAGCCAACUGUCUGGCAGCAAGCUGAAGCUGUUGAAUCUGUAUAUAAAGCGUGCUCAGAGCGGUUCCAGCGGCAGUGACCAGUCGUCAGAUGUGGGAGGUCAAGGCCUGUAGCUGGUCCCACAGGACUUUUGAGGGCAGGAGCCCUAGCAGGCUUUUUAACACAGAUACAAACACUCAGACCGCUAUAAACUUACACAAGCUUACAGAUACACACAUGCGCGCACACACAAGUAUGGACUUGCACUGCUGGACACCUUCCUUUGCCCCUCCCCUACCAUCCAGCUACAGUCUGAAGCCAUGUGGGACAGCGUGGCUCAGACUCCAACAUUUCCUGUUAAACCGAGUUCUUCUUCUUUUCGUGUGAGCACGACUUUCAUUGUGGUGCUGGUAGUAAGCUGUGUCGAGUGUGUUGACUGGUAACUGUGUGUGUGUGUGUGUGUGUGAGUGUGUGAGAGUUUACUUACCUGUUAAAAUCCCAGCAGUGAGAUAUAAAGGAGAGAGGGGGAAAGUUUUAGGUGUCACUCUGCAAUAUCAAGAUCAUUUCAUUAAGAUCAAAGAUCUUUUGAGGGAAACUCAGAUUCACAAGAUGCAACAGAAUCUGAGCAGAGAUUUCAUUACCAGUGCUUACAGCUCCUCGAUUGAUUAUUAAUGGUCGUAUCCCUUCAUAACACUGAAUGGUUGGUUCAGCUUGCUCUAUUAUAUGGCAUACUUUGCUUGGCUAUCUGCAUGUCAUGAUUAAAACCAACCCUUUUUAUCUGGUCUCCAGCAGGACUUUAACAGGUCCAGGGACCCACUCACACAUCCAAGGUUUGCGAAGCCAGAUGUCAUUUGAAUACAUAGGCAAUAUGUAUCUAUAUAACACAACAGGAGUAUUCGGGAAAAAAAAUCUUGUGUUAUUUGGAGGGCGUGUAGAUUCUUUUAAGUAGCAUAGUGUCAUUUCUUCUCCGAUGGGAAAUUUGUAGAAAUGUAUUUACGCAUUCAAAUGGAAAAUAAACCUGAUGUGUGUCUUUCUCCUUUCUGUAGUUUCUCUUUCUCCCCUGUGAGGAAAUUGUUUCCUCUGGUUUUCCCCCACUGCAUUUCUAAAGCUAUGCUAACAAUAAAAUGAAAAUAAAAAAUGUACAGACAUGAGUAAAGUGUUUUACCUUCAUUUACACGUGCUACUUUUUCUCUUCGGUUCUGUGUAAAGGUUACAGGAAAUGCUUACUUUAAUGACUGUUAAUGUCCCCUUUCAUACACGCGCACAGAUUUAUAAGUUUAUUUUAGAUUGUAUUCAUUUGCCAAACACUUUUGUUAUAGUUCGUUUACAGUUGAGACAGGAUAUAAUCCGUACAUAGAGCUUAACAGUUGAGGGACCAAUAGAUGGAUUAAAAAAAAUUAAAAAGUGAUAUAAUAAAGCAUGUGCUCUGGUUUCAAUUUCAUUCAUUUGUAUAGUGUAAAAAAAUAAAAACAAAAUGGAUGUUAAAAGACUAAAUUGCUAGUUUCAUAUCUGUUUUUUGUGCUAUGUUGUAAA